GCUGUCGAGUGGUAACGGUUCGGCAGGACAUGGACUGCCAUUUUACACAGGGACUGCUAGCUAAAUCGCCCAAGUGACACACCGCAACUUACUCUCCUAUGCGGUCGUCAGCUUGCCUUUUACCCAGAAGGGCAGCGUGAGCAGCGGUACACUGUGAGCAAACAUCCACAGCGGCCGCCUGCUUUCAAAACACGGGUCGCGUUAACGGUGGCGUCAGACACCCCGCGGAAGUAGUAACAAAAGGCCCUGGAUGGAUAGCCUGGACCCUGAAACCCUGUAUGUGUCUCCAGAGCAGACUGGACAGCCCACACUCCCCCUCCCCACCUUGGAAGUCUCCAACGUGGCACUAGUGGGUGGGAAGAAGAUGAAUGGGUCCCUGGACCACCCCGACCAACCAGACAUCGAUGCGAUUAAGAUGUUUGUGGGACAGAUUCCACGGUCCUGGUCCGAGGAGCAGCUUCGUGAGCUGUUUGAGCCCUAUGGAGCAGUCUAUGAGAUUAAUGUUCUUCGAGACCGUAGCCAGAAUCCACCACAGAGCAAAGGCUGCUGUUUUAUAACGUACUACACUCGCAAAUCAGCCUUGGAAGCACAGAAUGCUCUACACAACAUGAAGAUUCUCCCCGGGAUGCACCACCCAAUACAGAUGAAGCCUGCUGACAGUGAGAAAAACAAUGCUGUGGAAGACAGGAAGCUGUUUAUUGGAAUGAUCUCUAAGAAGUGUAAUGAGAACGACAUCCGACUGAUGUUCUCACCAUACGGACAGAUAGAGGAGUGCCGGAUACUUCGAGGCCCUGAUGGACUCAGCCGCGGUUGUGCAUUCGUGACGUUUACAGCAAGACAAAUGGCCCAGUCAGCCAUCAAGUCCAUGCACCAGUCUCAGACCAUGGAGGGUUGUUCAUCUCCCAUCGUGGUGAAGUUUGCAGACACUCAGAAGGACAAGGAGCAAAAGCGCAUGGCCCAACAGCUGCAGCAGCAGAUGCAGCAGCUCAGCGCAGCUUCCAUGUGGGGAAAUCUCACUGGGCUCAACAACCUGGGGCCACAAUACCUCGCACUUUACUUACAGCUGCUGCAGCAGACAGCCUCCACAGGGAAUGCACUCAACAACCUGCACCCUGUCUCAGGUCUUAAUGCCAUACAGAACCUGGCUGCUUUAGCAGCAGCAGCAACUGCCACACAGGCCACGCCCACAGGCUCCAGCGCCAUGACAACAUCUAGUAGCCCACUAAGUGCACUAACAAGCUCAGGCUCCUCCCCCACCUCCAGCAGCAACUCCUCAGUGAACCCUAUGUCCUCUUUGGGGGCCCUACAGUCUCUCGCUGCUGGUGCUGGAGCUGGCCUCAACAUGAGCUCCCUGGCAGGCAUGGCAGCACUUAAUGGCAGCCUUGGCUCCGGAGGCCUGUCUAAUGGCUCAGGAAACACCAUGGAGGCCCUGAGCCAGGCCUACUCAGGCAUCCAGCAGUACGCUGCUGCUGCCGCCAUCCCCAGUCUGUACAACCAGAGUCUGCUGCCCCAGCAGAGCGUGUCUGCCGCUGGCAGCCAAAAAGAGGCCAGCAACAGUCACAGCACCGGUCCAGAAGGUGCCAACCUGUUCAUUUACCACCUGCCCCAGGAGUUUGGAGACCAGGAUUUGCUCCAGAUGUUUAUGCCCUUUGGAAACGUCAUCUCUGCUAAAGUCUUCAUUGACAAACAGACAAACCUCAGCAAGUGCUUUGGCUUUGUGAGCUAUGACAACCCUGUGUCAUCACAGGCAGCCAUCCAGUCAAUGAAUGGUUUCCAGAUCGGCAUGAAGAGGUUGAAGGUGCAGCUGAAGCGCUCAAAGAAUGAUAGCAAGCCCUACUGACGGUGCUGAGGCACUGCAGACUUAGUUAGGCAGGGUGAUGUUAUGGUAAGUGGAGUAUGAAUAACCAAGACUGGUCCACAGAAACUUGUCUGUGCGUUACAGGGUGAUGUCCGCGGCGCUGCCUCUCCUGGUCAUUGUACCAUGUCCAGGCAAAGAGACACAUGAAGCUACAUGCAAGAGUUUUUGGGCUAGACUGGAUUCCUCCUGUGUUCUGUUGUGGUUCAUGCACUUUGUUUUCAUUUUAACAAGUAAGAGAAACAGGUGUAUUUUUAAUUUCAGUUGAAAUGUUAUCAGUUUGCUGUGGUACAUAAUAAGCAUAUGAGUUAAUUGUUAGGAUAUGUUGCACUUUGACAGUCGGGUGCCAAAUCCGUGUGUUUUUUACUUGCUGUUCACCCUCCGCUCCACCACCACCCAGACUCGGCUUACAGCCCCUGAAGGCAGCAGGAAAAAAACGACAACAAAUAGAGCUACGUUUGAUCAGAAAACAAAUCGUCACUUUUUCUUUGACAUCCUCACAAACCACAUGUGUGGUUUCCCUCCUUCUGUAUUUGGUAUCUGUAUUAUCUCUUGAGAUGGAAACUGUGUGUAUGAUUUACACCUCAAUUAGUGGUGAGGCACAGAAGCUCAGAUUGUUUUUAAGGAGGAGCUCCACUAACACAUGCAGCUAUAUUAACAUAAAGGUUUGUGUGGGCGCGUGUCUCUGUCAGUGUUGCGAGGCCAGUCGUCUUCAUCAGUGACCGCUGUGGCACUCGAGCUGUAAGCAGCCCGUUGAUGCUGGGAGCACCGUGUUUUCGCCCUGAGGUUUACAGCCUCCCGUAACCUUGCUGUUGGUGAGAGACGCUCGAUGGUCGUCCGUUUACUGUCGCAUCUACAGAUGACUGUACCGUUUCGUCUGUAACUGACUUGUCCGGCUCGUACCAAUCGUGUAGCCCCGCUGGAUGACCGCGAGUUUCCGUAUGGUUUUGUUGUGUUUAAACACCGGCUGGAAUUGAUUUCUGUAUGACAACGAUAUUAUGCUUCUGUCAAGCAGAGUGUUUUGCUGUUGUUUUUCCUCUGGAAGUUAGUAAAACAAAUUUCAAAAUGCAGCUGAAAUUGCACGUGAGCAUAGACACGUCCAGAGGACUGAACACGGCAUGCCUUGGUGGGGCUCCUCCUGUGCUGCUGCACUCUGAGUGACUCGCGUACAAAUCCAAGAGUCAUUUUAUGGUUUUAGUUAGUUUCUACUUUGAAUCCAGGUGAACUCUCCGCUACUGUCCUGCUAGAAAGCGGCUGGCUAAUCUACAGAGGGCUACACCACGUUGUCUCUCACUGAAUAUGUUCUGUGAUUGGAGAUUUCCUAUAAAUGUCAAAUUGCUCAAGACAAAUAUGUUAGUUGCUUAGACUUUCAGAAAAUUGUGUGCGUGCGUUUGUGCGUGCGUGCGUGUGUGUGUGUGUGUGUGUGUGUGUGUGUGUGUUUUGAUAGAACUAGUAGGCAAGACAAUUGUUGAGAUGUAUAUUUAAACUAUUAUGCCUUUUCUAUUUUUAUAUAGGUUUUAUACUUCCCCGGUGUGUUGGGGAACUAUUUAUUGCCUAAAUUAUUUAUCAGAAUUGAAAUUAUUUUGAAAGACAAAUGUGAAGUCCAAAAAACUCCACUUGAUCUCCUGGUGUGUGUCCGCUCUUUGCCUGUUAAGCGUUGUUUACUUUUUGGUGAUGUGUACUAUGUGUCAGUGUGGCAUGGACUGUGUAUAGGAUCCAUCAGUGCUGCUACAGACUUCAUAGACAACCCCCCCCCCCCCCCCCUGUCAUACAUGCCUCCAUCUGAAUAAACCAUUUUCCAAAAUAACAACACAGGGAGCAUAGUUUAUUCUACAAGUCCAUUUUAACAUGUGCCUGUUGGUCCUGUCUCGCUUUAUGAAUACAUAGCCAUCCCAUAUGUGUUGUCAACAUUUGUGCACCAAGUGCUUUGGUGUUUCUCCAGUUUUGAUCCGAGUAUUAGUCUUCUGUAGUGGGCCGGUCGGAGUACAACUCUGUUACCAGGGCCUCAGAGAAUCUCUAUUUACAGUAUCACAGGGUCAUUCAUGCUAAAGAAGCUGCAGGUCCCUAUGUUCUGUGUAAUAUUGUCCUGUCUACUUAAUGUUGUUUUGUCACUGUUGGAAGUUUCUUGGUAUAUUGUAAACUGUACAAAAAGCUUUCUUACUAUUGCACAAAAAUCAUUAUUAUGUGUUCAGGGACUUUGUAGUCAUAGCUGAUUUGUCGCUGUGUUGAGCUUUAAGACCACUGUUUGAUUCUGGAGCUAUUUUUUCAUUUAAAGACAAAAGAAAGCAAGCUUUAUGGUUUGCACAGUGAAGAGUGAAACAAGUCCCAAGUGUUAGUGAUGAGAAAUAGUGGUGGUUACUGGUGGUGUAUUUUGUAAUUUAAGACGCAUCACCUCAGUUCGCUUCCAUGAUCUGUCUCUACAGCAUGUGGUUAGAGCAUCUCAUCUCUUAGAAGAAGCUGGCAAAUGUUACUCCAACAGGAGCAAACUGCUGUUUUUGUUUGGGACUGAUUUCAGAUACCACACUUGGUGCUCUUGCAGUGAGUAUUUCAGAUGCGGGAAUCAAACAAAGAAACUACAUCUCACCCAGCACAACAGUGAGGUUCAUUCAUGUGUCUUUAAUAGGCUUUAAACAACAGUGGAGCUCUAUGGCACAGAAGAACAAGAUAAACCAGGCUUUGUGUCGACACAGUCCUUGACAGUAAGACUCACAGUUGGUUUGGGUCUGUAGAUUUGUUCACAAUACAGAGAAUACCAGUGUAAAUUAGAAGAUACAAGUCUGCAAAUGGAAUAUGAUAAACAUCCAUAUAUAAAGGGAAAAAUGAAAAGUAACAUCUCUUAACUACACAUCCUGUUUACCUUUUUACGGACCUUUCAGAUGUAUCUUUGCUCCGCUUUCAUGCUGCCGUUGGUUUUCAUUCAUUUCUGUCUGGCAUAAACGUCUGUAAUUGAAGAAUAUAGACACUCGCCCAAGUGGUUUCCUCAGACAGCGGACAACAGGUCUCCAGUCAUCUUUGCUAGAGCUGCAUUGCUAUUGUGGACUUUUGGAAGCAAUCUGCCAUGAGACUGCAUUACUCAGCAGCAAUAAUGUAACCGUGGCAGAAGAUGACUGUCUCCUAGAUUUUUAUUUAUAAAAGAAAUUCAUUUUAACUCCUGACUGCUGGGAUGGCAGAAAGGGUACAUGCAGAAAUCUGAAAUGAAGCAGUGUAAUUUGCAAAUAGUUGUGAUGUUGAGUAUUAUUUUAGCUAAAUUGGAGAAAACCUAGUAAACUCGUGAUAUGGGACUUGAAAUACCUUUUUGAAAAUGUAGUCAGUUGUAAAAACAGAUCUAGAUGCAUGGAACAUAUGACUCUUAACUUGUGUUUGUUUUCAUCAUUUUAACACAGUUACCAAUUCAUGGUGAUUAAUAAUGACAGAGAAUUAUUAAAAAGUCAUUAUUCCAGUGGCACUCUGGAGCCUCCCUGUGAUUAGCUGUUUUUAGACUGUAGCCGCUGAUCCAGAGCUCAGGAGGCCUGUAGUGUGGCCUGCAUGUUGUCACACAUUCUGUGCUGCCAUUUUAUUCAGUCUGUUGUAUGUGUGUUUUGCCUUUUGUCGUCAUCCACCUCAGUUUCCAGUAACACGUGGCCCGUCAUACCCUCUGUCCCUGAAACUGACCGUUGAGUGUUUAGACUGUGAUCAACCCCACACAGAGAUAAAUCAUUCUUUGUUUCUUUUUCUUUCUCUCUCUCUCUCUCUCUCUCUCUCUCUCUCUCUCCUGUCUGUGUUCCAUUGCUGUUUAACCUAGGUUUGUCUCCCUGUUGUGUUUUUCUUUUUGUUUUUUCUAGAUCUCUUCCUGUUUGCCCUAGCAUGUUGAUGUGGCGUCACAGUUCAUCGUCCAGUCCUUGUGUUUCCUGCGCUUCUCUGAUGCUUCCAAUUUCACCUUUGACCUUGUGUUUGACAUUGAUUUCUGGGAGGUUUUGUUUUGUUGUUUCCUAUACGUCCUCCGUUUUGUCAACAGGGGCACUAGAAAGACUGCCACUGAAUAUGUUUGAAAGUUACAUUAGAGUUAUUACAAGCAAAUAAGAGAAUCUAUUUUUCUAGAAGUGACUGACUUAACCACUAGGUUUUUGUGUUUUCUUUGCAAAAUCAGUUUGACAAGAGUCUGAGCUUUAACUUUGUUUUUAUCUCCUGUGUUGUGGAGCAGUCCUCCCAGUGCCCCUAUCCUCUUUAGUGUGUGUGUGUGUGUGUGUGUGUGUGUGUGUGUGUGUGUGUGUGUGUGUGUGUGUGUGUGUGUGUGUGUGUGUGUGUGUGUGUGUGUGUGUGUGUGUGUGUGUGUGUGUGUGUGUGUGUGUGUGUGUGUGUGUGUGUGUGUGAGAGACAGCAGUUAAUCUCCAGAGGAUGUUGUGCGUGUGUUUUCAUUGGGAUUUCCCAUUUGAGUGAUGUUAUGAGGAAGUAGCAUUUAAUGUCAGUGUAAAAAAAAAAAAAAAAAAGGUUUUUAAGUUUCAGCUUGUCAACUCAGCACUGUGAGCACAUGAUGCAUUUCUGCUCUUUCAUCUGUGGAGAAUCAGACAUGACAUUCACAGGGAGAGGCUUUUGUCACAGCAUAUUCAGUAUUCAUGUUUGUUUUUGAUAUAUCUGCAAUGAAAAUCUUGGUAAAAUGUGAUCUAGUUUGUGUUAACUUAAAAAAUUAUGAAUAAACUGGUGCCAAAUGUUUUGCACAA